UGUUUAAUCAUCUUCUGUGAAAAACCGGGUUGUGGUUGUAAGCAGCACACGCGGAGCCGCGAACAAACCACGUGAUCAAAUGCGGAAAUUGUCCGAUGGGGAAAGUGUAGCUGGAGAAAAGAUACUACUAAUACUGUCUAUGGAAAAGAGGGGAGUGGAGGCUGUGGUGUCCGUUUGUGUUUUGAGCUGCUGGUGGUUACUAGCUGAACUAAACAACACGUCCACACACAGACGCUCGGUUAUCUGCACAGUUAGAAUUACGAGUACGAGUGAUCAGAUGCCGUGAAUAAAAGUCAGGCUUGUUCUGCGGUCACACUGAUGAGAUGACAAGGCUGUGACAGAGUGUGUCCAAGUGUGUUGGUACUGGACCAAUUCUUGUGAAAUGGCUGCAGCUAAGAAGAGUUGUGCGAAAGCAGGAGGUGUUCGGUUCUCAGAGCCCUCCGCUGCCGGAGCCCCAUCACAUGUUCACUUUGACGAAAAGCUACAUGACUCCGUCGUCAUGGUGACUCCGGAGGAUGACGGCAACUUCAUGGUCAAGGUUGGCUUCCUAAAGACGCAGCACCGGUAUGAAAUAGUGUUCACCUUACCCGAGGUCCCCGCUCUGGGGAAGGAUGUAUGUCCAGCACCAGUACCCAGUCCACACCUCCGGAUCACUGAUAUCACGCCGGCACCAGAUGGAGGUCUGAAGGUGACGUGCGAGUACAUGGCCCAGCAGGAGGGAGUUCUGUGUGAGGAGGUGCUGCUGCAGAGCGAGACCAACCAGGACAUCUGUGUUAAAGUCAAAGUUCACGCCAGAGUCAUGGAUCGUCACCACGGUACUCCCAUGCUGCUGGAGGGAGUCCGCUGCAUCGGGGUGGAGUUGGAGUACGACUCUGAACAGAGCGACUGGCAAGGAUUUGACUAAAGCUCCUGCUCCCCUUUCACCUGAAAUACACACACACACACACACACACACACACACACACACACACACGCCAUCACUGGAGUGUACCCCUACCAAAUUAAACACACACCAAAUAGGAAAGUGUGUACACACAAAUGAUUUAGUGCCACAUAAUGUUCAUACAGCGUUCAGUGUUGGAUUCAGAGGAAAUGGAUAUAUGCGUCCUGACAUUAACCUACAAAAACAUUCCUCUGCUGCAACUUUCACAACAUUGACAGCAUUUGAACAGUUUGUCAGUUUCCUCCAAUUCUUGUUUGUCACCAUGAUGUAUUCUGUUGUUAAUCAGUGUUUUCCUUACUGAACCUCUAGAGGGCAGCAGCACUCUUUGAAUCAGUGCAGCCUCAGAGAGCCCUUUUCACCGCCUCUUGUGCUCCAGGUCACUCUUUUCCUGAUGUGCAAACUGAAUCUCAUAUGGAUUUAUAGGUGAGGGAGUAAACAAGGGCUCUUUUAUUAAUCUAGUAGUUUAAAAGUGACCUAUAGAAACUUUAGAAACUUGCACAAUUCCGGGAAAAAAAAAAAAAUAGUUGAACUGAUUAGCAAUGUGGAGCCUUUUAAUGUCUCUGUUUAACCUUAAGGUUAACCUGCAGGCCACUGUAUGGAAAGCUAAACUUAUAAAUCUUCAAUAUGUGAGGUUCCUGUUGUGAUAAUUACUACUUUUCAUUUUCUGCGUUUCCCAGGAAAUCCCAAAGAGUGUGAACGUAUUUUAAUAGGUGUAUUUGAGGAAAGUAUUUGCAGCAGCAAUAAUGAAAAGAGAGGCUUUCCUCUGAGAAAAAAAAAGGAAAGAAUAAUGCUUAAAAACAUGCGCGCUAGCUAUAUGGCAUUAAUCUACUGAGGUAUUGUUUUCUGGGAUGAUCUCCCUGCAUGAUUAUGAAACAUUUGUGUGAAAUAGUGCAUCUAAAAAGAAGUGCUUUGUCCUUUAUUGUAAGGAGCUGACACCAAAUUCUGAUGUUUAGUGUCUACGUUUUAGAUCCCUGCUACCAAACUUCUAUGUUGUUGAGCUGCAAAUAUAAUGGCAUGUCGUUAUGUUUUGCCACUUUUCACAAAAUUAAAAAAAAAAGUACAACCAAACAAAACUUUUUUUUUUUAAGGCUGUAGAGCCAAAAUAAAGUAUAGUUGAUUAAUUGAUCAGUAAAUCAACAAAAAACUUAAUGUGCAGCUAUUCUGAUAAUUAUUUAAUGAUUUAAGAAAUUUUUCAAGCCAAAAUAUCAACAUUCUCUGGUUCCAGAUUUAAAUGUAAAGAUUUUCUUUAUUUAAAUUUGAUACCUCUGGGUUUUGGACUGUUGGUUCGAUGAAACAAGAUAUUGGAAGACGUCACCAGGAUAUUUGCUCCCUUAUUCUCUGAAUUUGGAUAGACCGCUAAUCAAGAAAAUAUCAUUAGAUUAAUCGACAAUAAAAAUAGUCUUUGCAUUAUUUUGUUUUGGGUGGAUUUUCCCUUUAAUAAAACCUGCUGCAGCCACUUCAGCAGAGUUUGGGAAGGAUUUGUUUCUUUUGUUUGAAUUCAUUCAUAAAGCCUUCAGAGCACACAUGCGACGCAAAGUGCCUUUCAUUAUACCGUCCUGUUCCUCAUUUAGCUGGAGCCCCAUGUUGUUUUACCAUCUCCUACACAUCCUGCACAUCCUGCACCCACCAGACAAACGGUGUUAAAUCCCCUGAAACCGGUGGAUCUGUCUCUCUAUCCCAUCGCUCCUAUCACAGUACGAGUGCAGAUCCAAGAGUUCAUGAUCACUUUUCAGCUCUGCUUUUUUUACAUUUGUGCCAUGAUCUGGCUGCACUGUAGUUGUUCUGCGUGAAUCAACAUUUUGUUUUGUUAUACCCUAUUGAAUAAAUCAGCCUUAAAGGAAAGGAUUCUGUGUGUAAUGUCUCUACAUAGUGGACCACAAGCUGUCGUCGUAGAUUAAAUAGAUUUAUUUGAUGUUUGCUUGUAAUAGGUCAAAGUCUGCUUGGUUUCUUCUUCUAAAGUGAAACACUCAAUAGGUUACUUUUUCAAGAAUGUAGCAGUGUAUUUGUUGAGAUCUGUCUUCUGUGUGUGUGGUUUGUAUUUCUGAAUAUCAAAAUGAAUAAAAGUUAAGUGUAUGUUUGA